AGUGUCCAAACUCCAAAGCACUUGUGUGUUUUUUUUUCCAAAAAUUUCCUCCCUCUCCUUUCUUUCCCCAGCAUUUGGUAGUCCAUUCCAAAUUCCAAUGCAAAUGAACAAGAAGGAAAUAUGGAGGUUGGUGUUCGUACUCUUCUUGGGGCAGUUGGUCUCAUUCUCCUUGGCAGUUACCAGCUUCAUUGCUUCUUAUAUUGCUUAUCUUGGUAUCGACACACCAUUGACACAAUCUUUCUGCACAUACCUUGCACUGUCUCUGGUCUAUGGUUCCAUCUUCUUGUGUAGGCGUUCUAAAUUAGUGGUUCCUUGGUAUUGGUAUCUUGCUUUGGGCUUUGUUGAUGUUCAAGGGAAUUACCUUGUUGUCAAGGCCUAUCAAUUCUCGUCGAUAACCAGUGUGACAUUAUUGGACUGUUGGACUAUACCAUGGGUCAUGAUCCUAACUUGGUUUGCUAUCAAGACUCGGUAUUCACUGUGGCAAUUUGUUGGUGCCGCUAUAUGCGUGAUAGGACUUGCUUUGGUACUCCUCUCUGACAGCAAAUCGUCUAGUGGAGAUGGAAACAAACCUCUUUUGGGGGAUGCACUUGUUAUUGCAGGGACAUUCUUUUAUGCAAUGAGCAAUGUAGGAGAGGAGUUCUGUGUUAAAAGGAAAAAUCUUUUUGAAGUGCUUACUAUGCUUGGUGUUUUUGGAGCUCUAGUCAGUGUAUGUGAGAUAUCUAUUGUUGAGAGGAAGACCCUAGAGUCAAUUCAAUGGUCUCCUUCAGUGAUAGCUCUGUACGUCGGCUAUGGUGCAGCGGGCCUUUCAUUUUAUACACUUCUCCCAUUUAUUCUAAAAAUGAGUGGAUCAGCUUUAUUCAAUCUUUCGCUCCUCACAUCAGACUUGUGGGCUGUUGUCAUCCGCAUUUGCAUUUACCAUGAACAGGUGAGUUGGCUCUAUUAUCUGGCCUACAGUGUUGUGGCCAUUGGACUAAUAAUAUAUUCUUUCAAUGAUACUGGUUCUGCUGCUGAAACAACAAUUGACGAUGAGGAAACAGCAAAUUUGCAAGAGCCACUAAGUCCAGAAAAUGCAGUAACCUAUGUUUCUUGAUAUUUAAUUUUAGACAUUGGAUACUCAAGCAAGCUGAAUUAUUUACAAUUGAGUUGGAAGCCUGGUUUACUUCAAGAAGAAGCCUAAGUUGAAGUUUGAAUUCUUAAUUUAUUGCUUGAUAAUACUAAGUUAUGAAAUUGUAAUCAUAUCAAAAUUUCUUUAAAGAAUGUUGCAUGUUGCAUAUUCCAACAAAAUGCUUACAAGAGGCAAUUUAUGGUAACAAGAU